GUUUGCGGAUCAAUUUGGCACCCGACCUGCCUUAAUUCUCUCCUGUGCAUCUGGAAGUGCCUUCUUCCUGCUCACGUCCAUCUCCACCAGCAUCCCCCUCCUCUUCCUCUCCAGGCUGCCAGCAGUGUUCAUGCAUGGGCUACCAGGUGCUCAGAAGGUUAUUGCAGACCUGACUACUCCUUCCCAACGUGCUGAUGCUUUGGGAAAGAUGGGUCUUUGCUUUGGAAUAAGCAUCAUCAUUGGUUCUGCCCUGGGAGGUGUCCUCUCCACCAAAUUCGGCCUUUUUGUUCCUACAUAUGUCGGGCUGGUGGGAAAUCUCAUAAAUACUGUGAUAGCAAUGGUUGGGAUCCCUUUGCAGGCUAAACCAAAGUCAGACCAUCGUGUGGCAGAGCAUGGCACAUCACAGUCUGGCAGCGUGUUUAGCAUCAGAGAAAUCCUACGCCUGAUGAAGUUUCCAGGAGUCAUGGAAGUUUUCAUAGUCAAGGUUUUUUCUGGACUUCCCAUAGGCUUGUUCCUGAUUAUGUUUUCUAUCAUCUCUAUGGAUUUCUUUGGCCUGGAAGCAGUGGAGUCUGGAUACCUGAUGUCAUAUUUUGGUGUCCUUCAAAUGGUUGUCCAGGGUCUGGUUGUUGGAAAACUCACUAACCACUGGACGGAGGGGACCCUGCUCAGGCUCAGCGUCUUUGUCUUCGCUGGCGUGGGCCUCGGCAUGGCCCUGAUGAGGACCGUAUGGCACUACUGCAUUGUUGCAGUGCCACUGGUGUUUGCCUUCAGCACACUGGGCACCGUCACCGACAGCAUCCUCACCAAGGCCGUCCCCUCCUCUGACACCGGUACUAUGCUUGGGAUUUGUGCCUCGGUGCAGCCCUUGACCCGGACCGUGGGCCCAGCCAUCGGUGGAGUUUUAUACAAACAAUUUGGUGUCUCCUCCUUUGGCUAUUUACAGUUAAUUGUCAAUAUUGGAUUGUUUGUUUAUCUCUUAAAGAGUAAAAUCCUGCUGAGAGAGAUGAAAAGCCACUAA